CCGUUUUUGGUGGAUCAAGAAACUGGUGAAAUUCAACUGAACUUUGAUCCCCAAAAGGGUAUGAAAGGAUAUUUUGAUUUUAUGGUAUUGGCCAAUGAUACGGCUGGCAUGAAAGAUGUGGCUCAUGUUUUUAUAUAUUUAUUAAGAGAAGAUCAAAAAGUGAGAUUUGUUUUUCGUUUGCAGCCGAAUGAAUUGAGAAAUAAAAUUGAGGAGUUUAGAGAAACCUUAAGCAAUAUCACGGAUACUAUAGUAAAUAUAGAUGAAAUAAAGGUUCAUGAAAAUAAGGACGGUUCAGUAGAUAAAACUAAAACUGAUUUGUAUAUGCAUUUAGUGGGGAAAGAAGAUAAUUCGAUAUAUGAAGUGGCUGAAGUUUUAAAUCUAAUUGACUCCCACAUAGAACACUUGGAUGAAUUGUUUAAGGAACUUAAUGUAUUGGAUACCCAAGCAGCCGAAGCUCAGUUAUUGCAAGCUGGUCCUCAAGCCAAAGCCAUGUAUGUUUGGUUGAUAUUCACCAAUCUAUUUCUGGCCACACUAUUGGUGGUUACAUUAGCUUUAUGCGCCUCACAAAGAAAUGGCUACAAACGCCAAUUAAGAGCAGCAAAAGUUAAUAUAUUUCGAAAUUCUUCAUUAUCUUUACAACAUCCAAAUGAACCCACCACCCGAGUACCCAAUACCAAUAAACACAGUGUUCAAGGUUCCAAUCCCAUAUGGCUAAAAGGUUAUGAAAACGAAUGGUUUAAAACCGAGGAAAAUUUAAGCCAAAGUGGUCAUGAUUCUUUGGAUGAUAAUUUUCUAGCCAUUGGUGCUCAGGACAUUCAGGAAACUUUAAAGGGUACUGCAAAAUUAUUUAAUCAUACUAAUGAUUUGAAUCGUCAUUUUAAUGUUUAUAAUCAAAUAGACAAAUUAACAAAUAAUGCUCAAAUAUUAGCAAGGAAAUUAGAAACAACGGAACUAUAAUUUAAAUUAAUUUUAGUAUACAUACAUACAUAUGUAUAUACUUAUACAUAUUAUAUGAUGUUUUUAAGUUAUUUAUUUUAAUUUAAGAAAGGUAAUUAUUUCUUUGUACAUAAUUAAAAACUAUUUUUUAUACAUA